AUGCGUAGGAAGCAGAAGAGCGAUCGUGACAAACCUGACGAUGGACAGGAAGAUGAUGACUACCAACUCCCGGAACAAGACGAGCAAAGUGAAACUGAAAUGACGAAACCAAUUGAAGCACCACUGAGUCCACAGAAAGAUGAAUCUUCUCAUAAUUCAAGCGACAAUGAGUUCAAGCCGCCUCUAUCUACACUCUCCCUGAACGCAGAACCAUUUUAUCCAUCUCCAACUUUUGCACCGAAAUCUGGCCCAAGUCUACGAGCAGAUCCGAGGAAAUUUGGUCCCGACCACAGCUCCCAGCCCAGAGGACCACCCCCUGGUUUAUCACCAACUCCUGAUGAUGCCCACAUGCGUCCCUACCCUGAGGGGUCGUACUUUAAGAGACCACAUCCGUUACGAGGAGGCAAAUCGAUGACCCCCUCACCACCUUUACCGUAUUUCCCCGAGGGAUCGCAUAUGCCGUACAGUGACUAUCCCUCACUUGAACAUCACAAUCCAAUGGCAAUGGACGAACCGUACAGUGGGCCUGAGGACUUCCCACCGAUGCCUAUGGGGCGUCAUAGUCGAGAGCACUAUCGUGGUCGCUCACCAAUGAUGGCACCAAAGAGCGGACAUGGCAGACAACACAUGCAUCCGAAUAUGGAAGCGUAUAUGCAUCAUCUGUACAUGCAGAGAGCACGAGAGUACAGCUAUCGUCCACAAGGACCUUGGGACCACCACCAUCACUCACACAGGCUCCAGGUGCCACCCAUGGAGGAGGGGGGCAUAUAUGACCAGCAGUAUUUGAGAAAGAGACAAUACAUCAUGAAACUUAUUGAACGGGAAAGAGCUAUUGCUGCUAUGGAAAGAGAUCAACCUAGACAUCCUAUUGAUGCCCCCUCCCCUGCCAAGUUUGGACCAGAUGUUAGCCCCUCCUCUAUUGGAUCGAGAGGAUAG